CGAGGGCCAGCCUAUAUGUUUAAUGACCACUCAACAAGUCUUUCUCUGGAGGAAGAGCGCUUUUUGGACGCAGCAGAAUAUGGGAAUAUCCCAGUGAUUCGUAAAAUGCUGGAAGAAUGUCCCUCACUCAAUGUGAAUUGUGUGGACUACAUGGGGCAGAAUGCCUUGCAGCUGGCAGUUGCCAAUGAGCACCUGGAGAUCACAGAGCUUCUGCUGAAGAAGGAGAACCUGUCUCGCGUUGGGGAUGCCUUGCUUUUGGCUAUUAGCAAAGGUUAUGUCCGAAUAGUGGAAGCCAUCCUAAACCAUCCCGCAUUUGCUGAAGGCAAGAGGCUUACGUUGAGUCCUAGCCAGUCAGAGCUCCAACACGAUGACUUUUAUGCAUAUGAUGAAGAUGGGACACGGUUUUCCCACGAUGUUACACCGAUCAUUCUGGCCGCUCAUUGCCAUGAGUAUGAGAUUGUCCACACUCUGCUGAGAAAAGGAGCUCGGAUCGAUAGGCCACAUGACUAUUUCUGCAAGUGCAGUGAAUGCAAUCAGAAACAAAAACAUGACUCUUUCAGCCAUUCAAGAUCCAGAAUCAAUGCCUACAAAGGUCUGGCCAGCCCUGCUUAUCUGUCUUUGUCCAGUGAAGACCCUGUAAUGACUGCCUUAGAGCUCAGCAAUGAGCUGGCCGUGCUUGCCAACAUUGAGAAAGAGUUUAAGAAUGAUUACAAGAAAUUGUCUAUGCAAUGCAAGGAUUUUGUAGUUGGACUCCUUGAUUUGUGCAGAAAUACAGAAGAAGUGGAAGCUAUUUUGAAUGGUGAUGUAGAGAUGAGCCAUAAUAAUGGAGAACACGGUCGCCCCAGCCUUAGCCGCUUAAAACUCGCCAUUAAGUACGAAGUUAAAAAAUUUGUAGCACAUCCAAACUGCCAGCAACAGCUUCUUUCAAUCUGGUACGAGAAUUUGUCAGGUCUACGGCAGCAGACCAUGGCAGUGAAGUUCCUGGUUGUUCUUGCUGUUGCGAUAGGACUGCCCUUCCUUUCCAUGGCUUACUGGAUUGCUCCUUGCAGUAAGCUGGGGAGGAUAAUGCGUGGACCAUUUAUGAAGUUUGUAGCCCAUGCAGCCUCUUUCACCAUUUUUCUUGGUCUGCUUGUCAUGAAUGCAGCUGACAGAUUUGAUGGCACCAAACUUCGACCGAAUGAAACAACAGGCAAUGUAAAACAGCUAUUUAGGAUGAAAACAUCGUGUUUCUCAUGGAUGGAGAUGCUCAUUAUUUCUUGGGUAAUAGGCAUGAUAUGGUCUGAAUGUAAAGAAAUAUGGUCUCAGGGUCCAAAGGAAUAUCUUUUUGAGUUAUGGAAUAUGCUUGAUUUUGGUAUGUUAGCAAUUUUUGCAGCAUCAUUCAUAGCAAGGUUUAUGGCAUUUUGGCAUGCAUCCAGAGCCCAGAACUUCGUUGAUGCAAAUAUGAAAGAUCUGACAAGUCCAACACUGGAGCCCAACAUAAAAUACUACACCUUAGCCAGAAUAAACUGGGAUCCAUCUGAUCCUCAGAUCAUAUCUGAAGGCCUGUAUGCAAUUGCAGUAGUGUUAAGUUUCUCCAGAAUAGCCUACAUCUUACCAGCUAAUGAAAGCUUUGGACCACUGCAGAUAUCACUUGGCAGAACUGUGAAAGACAUCUUCAAAUUCAUGGUGAUAUUUAUCAUGGUGUUUGUGGCUUUCAUGAUAGGCAUGUUUAAUCUCUAUUCCUAUUAUCUGGGGGCAAAACAAAAUGAAGCAUUCACAACUGUUGAAGAAAGUUUCAAGACAUUGUUCUGGGCUAUAUUUGGACUCUCAGAAGUUAAAUCAGUUGUCAUCAAUUAUAAACACAAAUUUAUUGAAAAUACUGGUUAUGUCCUUUAUGGAGUCUAUAAUGUUACCAUGGUCAUUGUCUUACUCAACAUGCUUAUUGCAAUGAUCAACAGUUCAUUCCAGGAAAUUGAGGAUGAUGCUGAUGUAGAAUGGAAAUUUGCAAGGGCUAAACUUUGGUUUUCUUACUUUGAAGAAGGGAGAACUCUUCCAGUACCCUUCAACUUAGUGCCAAGCCCCAAAUCUUUGCUUUAUCUCCUACUCAGAAUCAAAAAAUGUAUUUCUAAACCAUUUCUGUGCCAAAAGAAGAGCUUUCAGGAAGAUGCAGAGAUGAACAAGCUUGGUCAAAGGAAGCAAUCAAGUAUAAGAAGCUCAGAUGAAAUUCACUUAAACAGUUUAAACAAUCCUCCAAGGCAAUACCAGAAAAUAAUGAAGCGUCUCAUUAAAAGAUAUGUACUGAAAGCUCAGAUAGAUAAGGAAAGUGAUGAAGUCAAUGAAGGUGAACUGAAGGAAAUUAAACAGGACAUCUCAAGUCUUCGGUAUGAACUCCUUGAGGAAAAAUCUCAAAAUUCUGAAGAUCUGGCAGAACUUAUAAGGAAACUUGGGGAAAAACUGUCAAUUGACUCUAAGGAAGAAGAAAGCAAGAGAUAACCUAAACA